GCUGUCUUAUCAUUGGCGAAUUACUCUCACAUCAUUGACGUUUUGUCCAAGAGGGUUAAAUAUUCGUUAUCGAAGAACGCGAGCAACAGACAUAGACGAGACAACAACACUUUUGCGGUGAAUCGCGCGACCUUAUCAACAUUCGCGGUCGUGUGGGGAUAGCGAAAUCCGCAACGACAUAUUGUACUAAGCCACAAGAACGUGUCAUUGAUGACUGACAGGACUCUUCACAGUGAUCUUCGACGCCGCGGAAUAUGCUGGCUCUGAAUGCGACCGUCGUUAAUUGCUCCUUUAGGCGAGCUCGUGUUCUUCAGAGUUUCAUAUCGAGACGCAAUUCAGCAGCGGCUUCGAUCAAACCUGAAGGAAAAAUGUCGUUUGAAGUUGAGAAACAGAAAUUUUUAAACAUGCCACUGGCGGAGAAAAGAAGCUUCUAUAAAUCAGAAGCUAUAACUGUGAAUGAAAUCCCUACGUGGCCAGAAUAUUGGGAGAAGAACAAGUCCAACAUCGCCAAGACGCUUGAAAAGACUGAAAAAGUUGAUGAAGUCAUAGCUAAGAAAGUAUCAAUAUGGCAAGGAGAUAUAACAUCACUUGAAAUAGAUGCAAUUGUCAAUGCUGCAAACUCAAGUCUUUUGGGAGGAGGUGGAGUCGACGGAGCUAUCCAUAGAGCGGCAGGACCAAAUUUAAAAAAAGAAUGUGCAACAUUAGGUGGAUGUAGGGUUGGCGAAGCUAAAAUUACAGGAGGUUACAUGUUACCGGCUAAAUAUAUUAUUCAUACAGUUGGACCACAAGGUGAAAAGCCAGAAAAAUUACGAGAAUGUUAUGAAAAUAGUCUAACUCUGGCGAAAGAGAAUAAUUUGCGUACUAUCGCAUUUCCAUGCAUAUCAACUGGAAUUUAUGGAUACCCACAAAGACCAGCAGCCAAAGUAGCUUUAUCGACAGUUAAGAAAUUCCUCCAUGAAAAUAAAAAUGUGGAUAGAAUUAUCUUCUGCUUAUUUUUAAAAACUGAUAAGGACAUAUAUGAAGAACUAUUGCAGAAAUACUUUGCUCUCGAUUGAAUAUCUAUUGGCAGAUUUUAAUUUUGCAAAGUCAUAUUAUUUGUAUUUCAUAAAAUUGUACUCUGAAGCUAAAUUAAUAUAGAAUAUAACAUUAAUAUAACAUU